CACCACCUCAACAGUAGCUAGGACUAGGAGCAGUAAUCAUCUCGCGUCACAAAGUCGAGAUGAAGGAAGCUAAACUAGAUUGAUCUUCUUUGUCCUUACAAGAAAAAAAUAGCCUGAGGAGAGGAAAGAACAAAAGCUGAUCUCUUGUCAGUGAUGAGAAACACAGAGCUCAUCUUCAUCCCAACACCAACCGUUGGUCAUCUCGUUCCGUUUCUUGAACUUGCGAGGCGUCUCAUUGACCAGGAUGAUCGGAUCUGUAUCACAGUCAUUGUGAUGAAGCUCCAAGGUCAGUCUCAUCUCAAUACCUAUGUUAACUCAAUCUGCUCGUCUCUGCCCUUUGUUAGAUUCAUUGAUGUCCCUGAGUUAGAAGAUAGACCAACACUUGGUAGUACUGAGUUUGCAGAAGCCUUCGUAUACGACUUUAGUAAGAAACAUCCCUCUGGUGAGAAACAUAGUUUUGAGUAUCUUAUCCUCUCCUGCAAUGGAUGGAGUUAAGGUUAAGGGAAUAGUUUCUGAUUUUUUCUGUCUCCCCAUGGAUGAUGUUGCAAGAGAUGUAACUCUUCCUUUCUAUGUAUUCUUGACUACAAGUUCCGGGUUCCUAGCAAUGAUGUAAAGAUUAUGGAAAGUGAUAAUAUUAUUAGAGC